AAAAUAAAAAAGAACCCUACAAAUCUAAUUAACUCAGUCGACGGUAAAGUUGGGUCAAUUACGUUCCAAACAAUCCCCUGGUUUCUCAUGGUUUUUCUUAGAUACACACUGAGCUUCAACUUGGUGUUUUGAGGCGCAUGAUCAGGUCGUUUGGUCUCCGCCUAAAACUACCAUGUUCCUUUUUCAGAGCGCAUUACAAUUAUAGUGCUCGAAGAAGCAAUCUUCGCUAUCACUUCUCCGCGCAGACUGCUCUGCCUCAGCAAUGGACGGCGAGUAUCGCCGACCGACCGAUGCCGGAGUUCGAUUCUCAUUCCUAUGUUGCUCUGCUCCAAGACUGUAUCCAAAGCGGUGAUGUAAAUUUAGGAAAAGUUAUUCAUUGUAAGAUUGUGAAAGAAGGUGAUUGUUUGGACUUGUUUGCUUCCAAUGUCCUUCUCAAUGCGUAUGUGAAACUUGGGUUGUUGCCCGAUGCCAGAAAGGUGUUCGAUGAAAUGGCCGAGAGAAAUACGGUUUCAUUUGUGACGCUAAUUCAUGGGUUUUUGCAGUCUAAUAAAUUCUUUGAGGCAUUUGAGUUAUUUGCUAGACUACACGGUGAAGGUCAUGAGCUCAAUCCGUUCGUUUUCACUACUAUUUUGAAGUUGCUUGUUAGUAUGGAAUGGGCGGAAUUGGGGCAUAUUGUCCAUGGUUGUGUACUUAAGAUUGGAUAUGGUUCUUAUACUUUUAUUGGGACUGCUCUUAUCGAUGCUUACUCUGUUUGUGGUUGUGUUAAUAUGGCUAAAGAAGUAUUUGAUGGGAUUAGUUGUAAGGAUAUGGUAUCUUGGACUGGAAUGAUUGCUUCUUAUGCCAACAAUGAUUGUUUCUCUGAAGCAUUGGAAUUCUACUCACAAAUGAGGGUAGCUGGAUUCAAGCCAAACAAUUUUACUUUUGCUGGUGUGCUCAAGGCCUGUCUUGGCCUGCAGAAUUUUGAUGCAGGGAAGACAGUUCAUUGUUCUGUUAUAAAAACAAGUUAUGAGCAAAAUCUUUAUGUAGGAAUUGCACUACUUGAAUUGUACAGCGGGUGUGGUGAUAAUGAUGAUGCUUGGCGAGCAUUUGGGGAUAUGCCAAAAAAUGAUGUGAUUCCAUGGAGUUUCAUGAUUGCAAGAUUUGCACAGAGUGGUCAAUCUGAAAAAGCUUUGGAACUUUUUUGUCACAUGAGGAGAGCUUUUGUUAAACCCAAUGAAUUUACAUUUUCUAGUGCGCUCCAAGCUUCUGCAGCAAUGGAGAGUUUAGAUUUGGGUAAAACAAUCCAUGGAUAUGCACUUAAGGCUGGACUAUCUACUGAUGUGUUUGUGUCCAAUGCCCUUAUGGCUUGCUAUGCUAAAUGUGGGUGUAUUGAAAAAUCUAUGGAAUUAUUUGAGGGACUAUCAGAUAGAAAUGAUGUUUCUUGGAACACAAUUAUUGUAAGCUAUGUGCAGUUGGAUGAUGGGGAGAAGGCAUUGGAUCUGUUUUCCAAGAUGCUUAGAUACCAAGUGCGGGCAACUGAAGUGACUUACUCUAGCAUCCUCCGUGCUUGCGCUACUCUUGCUGCCUUAGAACUUGGACUUCAGAUUCAUUGCUUGACAGCUAAAACCAUCUAUGGCCAAGAUAUUUCAGUUGGUAAUGCUUUGAUAGAUAUGUAUGCCAAGUGUGGUAGCAUUAAAGAUGCUCGUUUUAUGUUUGACAUGUUGAAUCUACGAGACAGAGUUUCCUGGAAUGCUAUUAUAUGUGGAUAUUCUAUGCAUGGUCUAGGAGUGGAAGCAAUAAGUAUGUUUGAUCUUAUGAAAAAAACAGAGUGCAAACCGGAUGAGUUGACUUUUGUUGGUGUCUUGUCAGCGUGUAGUAACACAGGCCGAUUAGAUGAAGGAAAGCAGUAUUUUAAUUCUAUGAAACAGGAUUAUGGCAUUGAACCAUGCAUGGCGCAUUAUACCUGUAUGGUGCGGCUUAUAGGGAGGUCAGGUAAUCUUCAUCAGGCCGUGAAGUUUAUUGAAGACAUCCCUUUUGAGCCCAGUGUUAUGAUUUGGCGUGCUUUACUUGGGGCUUGUGUAAUCCAUAAUGAUGUUGAAUUGGGAAGAAUUUCUGCACAGCGUGUGCUUGAGAUGGAGCCUCGAGAUGAAGCAAGCCUUGUAUUAUUGUCCAACAUCUAUGCAAGGGCGAGAAGGUGGGAUAAUGUGGCUUAUGUUAGAAAGCAUAUGAAAAGAAAAGGAGUAAAGAAGGAGCCUGGCUUAAGUUGGAUUGAGAACCAGGGUAGCGUUCAUUGUUUCACUGUGGCCGAUACUUCACAUGCUGAGCUGAAGUUAAUCAAUGGGAUGCUUGAAUUUUUAAACAUGAAAACCAGGAAAGCAGGGUAUUCUCCUCAUCUUGAUGCUGUACUACUUGAUGUGGAAGAUGAUGAGAAGGAGCGUCUCCUUUGGUUACACAGUGAAAGAUUAGCCUUGGCUUUCGGUCUGGUUAGGAUGCCAGUGGGAUGCCCGAUUCGCAUAAUUAAAAAUCUCCGUAUUUGUGUUGAUUGCCAUUCUGCAAUUAAGUUAAUAUCAAAGAUUGUUGGACGUAAUAUUAUUGUUAGAGACCUGAAUCGUUUUCAUCACUUUGCGAAUGGGUUAUGCUCUUGUGCUGACUACUGGUGACCAAAAUUUAUUUCAUUCAUGUGGUGGAUUUAUAUUGCAUCACCUAAUAAGGAAGAACUUGCAAAAUUCAAGGUUGCCUAUAUAUGCUGGUAGUAAAAUAUUAAUUUAUGAGAACAAAGAUGACCAAAACGAAGUGUUCAAUGCAAGGCAAGGAACAGGUAUGGUUGGUCUCGGCAUUCUGUUUGGUUAUUGAGAAACUUGGUGUAAGAAUUGAACAAAUGGGGAAAGAAAAUGAAAGUAUUUAUAUGAGUUGUUCAAAUUUGUUAUUUCCAAACUCAAGAUAACUUUAAAGGGAUUGAUAGUUUGAGUGUUGAAAUUUAUUAUAUCUAUGUUUGAACAUAUUCAUAAA